AUGGACCGUACAGAGCCAACAAAGGUUGAAAGUUAUGAUGAGAUUGAAAAGGAUAACAAGACGUAUUCUGGCGACGAAGGGGAAACAGCAACGCAAUUAAAUGCAGAGAAAGAAGCAUUAAACACCACCACCAAGUCCAUUGGUAUAAGAAGAGCAGAAAUCUUACAAUUGCAGUACCAAAAUCCCGUGUUGAGAGUCCUAUUUUUUUUCUGUAUUUUCUUGGUUGCUUAUGGGUAUGGUUUGGAUUCAACAGUUCGUGGAAACUUACAGUACUAUGCCACAUCAUCUUACCUGCAACACUCUUUGUUCACCACCGUCAAUGUCAUGCAGUCCGUCAUUAGUGCUGCAGCUCAACCAUUUUAUGCCAGAUUAUCUGACAAAUUCGGACGUUUGGAGUUGUGUUUGUUUGCAAUUGUAUUCUAUUCGAUGGGUACUGUCAUCCAAUCACAAGCUUAUGACAUCAAUAGAUUUGCAGGUGGAUCCGUCAUUUACCAAAUUGGAUACACUGGUAUUGUUAUCAUGUUGCAAAUCAUUUUGGCUGAUUUUUCAAAUUUGAAUUGGCGUUUGCUUUGUUCUUUUAUCCCCGCAUUGCCAUUUAUCAUCAACACUUGGGUUGGUGGUGAUGUUGUCUCAUCGGUUUUGGCGCAUUACUCGUGGAACUGGGGUAUUGGUAUGUGGGCAUUCAUCUUUCCCCUUAGUUUUGUUCCUUUGCUUUGUUGUUUUAUUCAUAUGCAUAUCAAAGCUAGAAAAACCCCUGAAUGGCAAGCAUUGACGAGGGAGCACAAUUCUCAAAGAUACUCUAAAACCAGCUUUGCAUACUGGAAAAAAUUAAUCGUUGGCUUGUUUUGGGAUUUGGAUGUUAUUGGAUUGUUAAAUGUCAUCAUCAUCUUAGGAUUUAUUUUGGUUCCUUUUACAUUGGCUGGAGGUGUAAGCUCCAAAUGGGCUAGAGCUUCAACAAUUGUUCCGUUGGUUAUUGGUGUUGUAUUCAUCCCAAUCUUUGUAAUUUGGGAAGCCAAAUUCGCUAGGUCGCCAAUUAUGCCAUUACCAUUGAUGAAGGACCGUGGUGUUUGGGCCGCCUUGUUGAUUGCUAUUUUCAUAAAUUGGAUUUGGUACAUGCCCAAUGAUUUUAUGUACACAGUUUUGAUUGUUGGUAUGAACGCCAGUGUCAAAGCAGCCACCAGAAUCACAUCGUUGUAUUCAUUUGUUUCGGUGAUUGUUGGUCCUAUCUUGGGUUUGGUUGUUGUUCGUGUUAGAAGAUUGAAAGGGUUCAUCAUUUUCGGUUGUGUUUGUUGGGCUGUAAGUUUGGGUAUUUUGUUUCAUUUCCGUGGUGCCAAUGACGGAGUGGAAAGUCAAAAAUACCUUGAUGGUGUCAUUGGUGGAUUAUGUUUAAUGGGUUUUGGUGCUGGGUUUUUCACUUACUCCACUCAAGUCAGUAUUAGUACUGUCACUAAUCAUGAGUAUAUGAGUGUCAUUAUUUCCGUAUACUUGGCAAGCUACUGGAUUGGUUCUUCUUUAGGUACCUCCAUCAGUGGAGCCAUUUGGACAAACAGAAUGCACGGGGUCAUCUUAGACAAAAUGCAAGAAAUGAACAUUGCCAAUGCUACUGAAUUGGCGCUGUCAGCAUAUAAUGCACCUUUUGAAUUUAUCAUCGAAAACACCUGGGGGUCACCUGCAAGAAUAGCCGUGGUUACAGCUUACGCUCAAGUGCAAAGAUACCUUUGUAUUGCCGGUUUGGUGCUUUGUUUCCCAUUGAUCAUGAUCACGUUUUUAUUGAGAGAUCAUAGAUUAGACUCAGUGCAGUCUUUGGAAAUGGACCACGACCAUGAAAAGGGUGUUGUGAAAGACGGUAAAGUUGUGGUUAAUAACUACGAUGAUGAUGUCUUAUUUACAAAGUUAAAAUCUCUUUUCAAUAUUGGUAAGCGAUAG